GUGCGGCGCAUCCUCCUCCCGAACGGGGACAGUUGGGCUGGGAAGGCACCGCACGGUCGGGCAGCACCGCGGAGGAGAGAGGGACUAGUUCCAGCACCCACCCGGGGGAGUUUUAUACGGAGCCGGAGUCUGAGAAAACACCGGUUUUAGCCGUUUUAACCGCAUCUCGGACACGUAGGUCUCUGCGUUUCUGGUGUCCAGCAGCGAUGUCCCAGAGGACGGGGCAGGAGGACCCGGAGCGGUACCUGUUCGUGGACCGUGCCGUGGUCUACAACCCGGCCUCGCAGGCGGACUGGACCGCCAAGAGGCUCAUAUGGAUCCCGUCGGAGCGCCACGGCUUCGAGGCGGCCAGCGUCCGCGAGGAGCGCGGCGACGAGGUGGUGGUGGAGCUGGCGGAGAACGGCAAGAAGGCCGUGGUCAACAAGGACGACAUCCAGAAGAUGAACCCGCCCAAGUUCACCAAGGUGGAGGACAUGGCGGAGCUCACCUGCCUCAACGAGGCGUCGGUGCUGCACAACCUGAAGGACCGCUACUACUCCGGACUCAUCUACACGUAUUCCGGCCUCUUCUGCGUCGUCAUCAAUCCCUACAAGAAUCUGCCCAUCUACUCGGAGAACAUCAUCGAGAUGUACCGGGGCAAGAAGCGCCAUGAGAUGCCGCCCCACAUCUACGCCAUCUCCGAGUCGGCGUACAGGUGCAUGCUGCAAGAUCGAGAGGACCAGUCCAUCCUCUGCACAGGCGAGUCGGGUGCUGGAAAAACAGAAAACACUAAAAAGGUCAUCCAGUACCUGGCACAUGUUGCUUCCUCCCACAAAGGACGAAAGGACCAUAAUAUCCCUCCAGAAUCACCCAAACCAGGGAAACUACAGAGUGGACCCCUGUUCUAUGGAGAACUGGAGCGCCAGCUCCUGCAGGCCAACCCCAUCCUUGAGUCCUUCGGCAACGCCAAGACCGUGAAGAACGACAACUCGUCACGUUUUGGCAAAUUCAUCCGGAUCAACUUCGAUGUGACCGGAUACAUCGUUGGAGCCAACAUCGAAACCUACCUGCUGGAGAAGUCCAGAGCCGUCCGUCAGGCCAAAGAAGAGCGAACCUUCCACGUCUUCUACCAGCUGCUGGCCGGAGCCGGCGAGCAUCUCAGAUCGGACCUGCUUCUGGAGGGAUUCAACAACUACCGUUUCCUGUCCAACGGUAACCUCCCGAUCCCGGGCCAGCAGGACAAGGACAACUUCCAGGAGACCAUGGAGGCCAUGCACAUCAUGAGCUUCGCCCACGACGAGAUCAUGGCCAUGCUGAAGGUGGUGUCGGCCGUGCUGCAGUUUGGUAACGUGGUUUUCAAGAAGGAGAGGAACACGGACCAGGCCUCCAUGCCUGACAACACCGCGGCGCAGAAGCUGUGUCACCUGCUGGGGAUGAACGUGAUGGAGUUCACCAGAGCCAUCCUGACGCCCCGGAUCAAGGUGGGGCGAGACUACGUCCAGAAGGCCCAGACCAAGGAGCAGACGGACUUUGCGGUGGAGGCGCUGGGCAAGGCGACGUACGAGCGUCUGUUCCGCUGGCUGGUCCACCGCAUCAACCGAGCUCUGGACAGAACCAAGCGGCAGGGCGCCUCCUUCAUCGGCAUCCUGGACAUCGCCGGCUUCGAGAUCUUCCAGCUGAACUCGUUUGAGCAGCUGUGCAUCAACUACACCAACGAGAAGCUGCAGCAGCUCUUCAACCACACCAUGUUCAUCCUGGAGCAGGAGGAGUACCAGCGGGAGGGCAUCGAGUGGAGCUUCAUCGACUUCGGCCUGGACCUGCAGCCCUGCAUCGACCUCAUCGAGAGGCCGGCCGGGCCACCGGGCAUCCUGGCCCUGCUGGACGAGGAGUGCUGGUUCCCCAAGGCCACGGACCGGACCUUCGUGGACAAGCUGAUCCAGGAGCAGGGAACACACUCCAAGUUCCAGAGGCCCCGGCAGCUCAAGGACAAGGCCGACUUCUGCAUCAUCCACUACGCCGGCCGGGUGGACUACAAGGCCGACGAGUGGCUGAUGAAGAACAUGGACCCCCUGAACGACAACGUGGCCACGCUGCUGCAUCAGUCCACCGACAAGUUCGUGGCUGAACUCUGGAAAGACGUGGACCGGAUCGUGGGCCUGGACCAGGUGGCCGGCAUGAACGAGACGGCCUUCGGAGCCACGUACAAAACCAAGAAGGGCAUGUUCCGCACGGUGGGGCAGCUGUACAAGGAGUCGCUCACCAGACUCAUGGCCACGCUGAGGAACACCAACCCCAACUUCGUCCGCUGCAUCAUCCCCAACCACGAGAAAAGAGCCGGUAAGCUGGAGCCUCACCUGGUCCUGGACCAGCUCAGGUGUAACGGGGUCCUGGAGGGGAUCCGCAUCUGCAGGCAGGGCUUCCCCAACCGCAUCGUCUUCCAGGAGUUCAGGCAGAGGUACGAGAUCCUGACGCCCAGCGCCAUCCCCAAGGGCUUCAUGGACGGGAAGCAGGCCUGCGAGAGGAUGAUCAGAGCCCUGGAGCUGGACCCCAACCUGUACCGGAUCGGCCAGAGCAAGAUCUUCUUCAGGACCGGAGUGCUGGCCCACCUGGAGGAGGAGCGGGACCUGAAGAUCACCGACGUCAUCAUCUACUUCCAGUCGGUGUGUCGGGGAUACCUGGCCCGCAGAGCUUUUGCUAAGAAGCAGCAGCAGCUGAGCGCCCUGAAGGUGCUGCAGAGGAACUGUGCAGCUUACCUGAAGCUGCGGCACUGGCAGUGGUGGCGGCUCUUCACCAAGGUGAAGCCGCUGCUGCAGGUCACCCGGCAGGAGGAGGAGAUGCUGGCCAAAGACGAGGAGCUGACCAAGGUGAAGGAGAGGCAGCUGAAGGUGGAGAACGAGAUGGUGGAGAUGGAGAGGAAACACCAGCAGAUCGUGGAGGAGAAGAACAUCCUGGCGGAGCAGCUCACGGCGGAGACGGAGCUGUUCGCAGAGGCGGAGGAGAUGAGGGUUCGACUCCUGUCCCGGAAGCAGGAGCUGGAGGAAAACCUGCAGGAGCUGGAGUCCCGGCUGGAGGAGGAGGAGGAGCGCAGCCAGGGCCUGCAGAACGAGAAGAAGAAGAUGCAGGGCCACAUCCAGGACCUGGAGGAGCAGCUGGACGAGGAGGAGGCGGCGCGGCAGAAGCUGCAGCUGGACAAGGUGACGGCCGAGGCCAAGAUGAAGAAGAUGGAGGAGGACAUCCUGCUGCUGGAGGACCAGAACUCCAAGUUCCUGAAGGAGAGGAAGCACCUGGAGGACCGGGUGGUGGAGAUGACGUCCCAGCUGACGGAGGAGGAGGAGAAGGCCAAGAACCUGGGCAAAGUGAAGAACAAGCAGGAGCUGGUGAUGGUGGACCUGGAGGAGCGGCUGAAGAGGGAGGAGAAGACGCGGCAGGAGCUGGAGAAGGCCAAGCGCAAGCUGGACGGCGAGACCACGGACCUGCAGGACCAGAUCCAGGAGCUGCAGGCCCAGAUCCAGGAGCUGAAGACGACGCUGGCCAAGAGGGAGGAGGAGCUGCAGGCCGGCCUGGCCAGGAGCGACGAGGAGGCGGCCCACAAGGCCGGCGCCCUGAAGCAGCUCCGGGAGCUGCAGGCCCAGCUGGCCGAGCUGCAGGAGGACCUGGACUCGGAGCGCCAGGCCCGGUCCAAGGCAGAGAAGCUGAAGCGGGACCUGAGUGAAGAGCUGGAGGCGCUGAAGACGGAGCUGGAGGACACGCUGGACACGACCGCCGCGCAGCAGGAGCUCAGGUCCAAGCGGGAGCAGGAGGUGGCGGAGCUGAAGAAGAACAUCGAGGACGAGAGCCGGAACCACGAGGCCCAGAUCCAGGACAUGAGGCAGAGACAGGCGUCGGCGCUGGAGGAGCUGGCGGAGCAGCUGGACCAGGCCAAGCGGUUCAGGGCCGGCCUGGAGAAGAACAAGCAGGGCCUGGAGAGCGACAACAGGGAGCUGGGCCUGGAGCUGAAGAGUCUCCAGCAGGCCAAGACGGAGUCGGAGCACAAGAGGAAGAAGCUGGAGGUCCAGAUGCAGGAGCUGACGGCCCGGACCGCCGAGGUGGAGCGAGCCAGGGGGGAGCUGGGGGAGCGCUCCGGCAGGCUGCAGACGGAGCUGGACAACGUUUCUGCUCUGCUGGAGGAGGCGGAGAAGAGGAGCCUCAAACUGGCCAAAGAAGCGGACAACCUGAACGGCCGACUGCAGGACUCGGAGGAGCUGCGGCAGGAGGAGACGCGGCAGAAGCUGAACCUGAGCGGCCAGAUCCGCCAGCUGGAGGUGGACAAGGCGGCGCUGCUGGAGCAGCAGGAGGAGGAGGAGGAGGCCCGGAGAGGCCUGGAGAAGCAGCUGCAGGCGCUGCAGGGACAGCUGUGUGAGAGCAGGAAGAAGCUGGACGAGGACGUGGGCGUCAUGGAGGGCCUGGAGGAGGCGAGGCGGCGGCUGCAGAAGGAGGUGGAACUCUCCAACCAGCGUCUGGAGGAGAAGAGCUUGGCCUCGGACAAGAUGGAGAAGACCAGGACGCGUCUGCAGCAGGAGCUGGACGACCAGCUGGUGGAGCUGGACCACCAGCGCCAGAUCGUCUCCGGCCUGGAGAAGAAGCAGAAGAAGUUCGACCAGAUGCUGGCGGAGGAGAAGAGCGUGUCGGCGCGCUGCGGCGAGGAGCGCGACCGCGCCGAGGCCGAGGCCCGGGAGAAGGAGACCAAGGCGCUGGCUCUGGCCCGGGCGCUGGACGAGGCCCUGGAGGCCAAGGACGAGCUGGAGCGCCAAAACAAGCAGCUGCGCUCCGACAUGGAGGACCUGAUGAGCUCCAAGGACGACGUGGGGAAGAACGUCCAUGAGCUGGAGAAGUCCAAGCGGACGCUGGAGCAGCAGGUGGGGGAGAUGCGGACGCAGCUGGAGGAGCUGGAGGACGAGCUGCAGGCCACGGAAGACGCCAAGCUGCGUCUGGAGGUCAACAUGCAGGCCAUGAAGGCCCAGCUGGAGCGGGACCUGCAGAACCGGGACGAGCAGGGCGAGGAGAAGAAGAGGGCGCUGGUCAAGCAGGUCCGGGAGCUGGAGGCCGAGCUGGAGGACGAGCGGAAGCAGCGGGCGCUGGCGGCGGCCGGACGCAAGAAGCUGGAGCUGGACCUGAGCGAGCUGGAGGGGCAGGUGGAGGCGGCGGCCAAGGGCCGCGAGGAGGCCGGCAAGCAGCUGCGCAAGCUGCAGGUCCAGGUGAAGGAUUACCAGCGGGAGCUGGACGAGGCCAGAACCUCCCGGGACGAGAUCUUCUCCCAGUCCAAGGAGAGUGAGAAGAGGCUGAAGGGGCUGGAGGCCGAGAUCCUGCAGCUGCAGGAGGACCAAGCGGCGUCGGAGAGAGCCAGGAGACACGCGGAGGAGGAGAGAGACGAGUUGGCCGACGAGAUCUCCAACAGCACCGCUGGGAAGUCGGCGCUGAUGGAGGAGAAGCGGCGUCUGGAGGCCCGGCUGGCCCAGCUGGAGGAGGAGCUGGAGGAGGAGCAGAGCAACACGGAGCUGCUGAACGAGCGGGUCAGGAAGAGCAGCCUGCAGGUGGAUGGGCUGAACGCCGAGCUAACGGCGGAGCGCGGCGCCGCCCAGAAGAGCGAGAACGCCCGGCAGCAGAUGGAGAGACAGAACAAGGAUCUGCGAGCCAAGCUGGCGGAGCUGGAAGGAGCCGUGAAGACCCGGUUCAAGGCCUCCGUCACGGCGCUGGAGGCCAAGAUCCUGCAGCUGGAGGAGCAGCUGGAGCAGGAGGCCAAGGAGCGGGCAGCGGCCAAUAAGAUCGUCCGGCGGACGGAGAAGAAGCUGAAGGAGGUGAUGCUGCAGGUGGACGACGAGCGUCGCCACGGCGACCAGUACAAGGACCAGAUGGAGAAGGCGGCGUUGCGGCUGAAGCAGCUGAAGCGGCAGCUGGAGGAGGCGGAGGAGGAGGCGUCUCGCUCCAACGCCGCCCGCAGGAAGCUGCAGCGCGAGCUGGACGACGCCACGGAGUCCAGUGAGGGCCUGACCCGCGAGGUGACGUCGCUCAAGAACCGGCUCAGGCGCGGCCCCGUCAGCAGCUUCUCCUCCGGACGCUCCGGCCGCCGCAACCUGAACCUGGACGGAGCGGGAGACGGCUCGGACGACGACAACGACAGCCGCUGCAGCGACUGCAACGACACGCAGCCGGCCGACGCAACAGAGUAGACGAACCGCGACCUCCGACCCCCAACCCCAUAUUCAUCCUCAUCAACACAUCAGAACUACAGAAGCCUGGACGGGACGCUCCUGCCUUACUGCACUGCAAAAACUCUAAAUCUCAACAAGAAGAUUUGUCUUAUUUCUAGUUAAAAUGUCUCAUUUUUAGUCCAAAAAAAAAUCUCAUUACACUUAAAACAAGACUGGAAAAAAACAACAAUUUUCAUCUGUUUCAAGUAGAUUUUCACUUGAAAUAAGUAGAAAAAUCUGCCACUGGCAGAUUUUUCUACUUAUUUCAAGUGAAAAUUUACUUGAAACAGGCGAAAAUUGUCAAAACAAGACUCGUCACCAGAUAAAUAACUUAUUUGACAAUUUUCACCAGAAAUCUAAAAAUUAUUGUUUUUUCCAGUGAUGAUUCUUGUUUUAAGUGUAAUGAGAUUUUUUGACUAAAAAUGAGACAUUUUAAGUAGAAAUAAGACAAAUAUUCCUGGUAAGAUUUUUGCAGUGUGUCCUCCAGAACUGGUCCCGGUCCUGGACCGGGUCCAGCUGUCAGCCACGCGUCACCCGCCCCCAACCGGACCCGUGCAGACCCGUCGUCAAGGUAACAAGUGCUUUUUACUGGUGAGGACAAGAGGAACCACGACUGCGUCUUCACACCAGCGCUGUGACCGGCUGGUUCUGCUGGUUCUGCUGGUUCCCCCCGGCGCUGAUCCGCUUCGCUGCUCAAACCUCAGAACUGCAACAGAACCCUCGGACCCGGACCGGGACGUUACUGUGAAAACAAACGUCAUCUCAAAGUCCGGUCCGGUUCCAGCUAGAACCGGCUCCAGAAGAUGCAGAACUGCACACUAAAAGCUGCCGCGGCCCCAAACGGUUCGUAAACGUGUGACCAGAACCGGUCAGAACCAGGACGUCUGAGUUUGAGCUUCGAUCCACUUUUUAAUCUUUACGUCGAUAAUUCCAGACUUUUCUCUAAAAACCAGUAAAAACAAGCAGCUUCUUCUUCUUCACCGUUUCACCACUAAGCUCCGCCCCCUCGUUAACCGGGUCAGAGGUCCGGAGACCCGGAGCUCUGCUCAGAACCAGAACCACCGGCCCGUGUCAGAGCAGAGCUCGGGUUCCGGACCGCAGAACCGGGUCAACGAGGUUCUUCUGUAACUCGAAUGUAUUUUGUGCCAUUUUUCCAGAGUUGAACCCGCAGCUUCACGAGCGCUUCUGGGAGCUUUUUUAACGACGGCGAGCCGGUUCCCGGGUCGUUUGCCGGGCUCCUGGGUCGGGUCGACCCCGGGUCAGAUCAACCCGGGCCGGACCUCUCUGCCCUAAAACCUCAUGUAAACUUUAACAGCUUGUUUCUUUAAAGUGCCUUAGACACUAACGAAGAACAUCAGCGGCAGAAGAACCGGGAACGCUUAAUAAAUCUCUUCAGUUUCUGCUCCGGCUCAUCCCUGCUCGAACCGGCCCGGGUUCUGGUUCUGGUUCUGGUCCAGACCGGCCGAGGGUCUGGCUGAAGCUUUAACAUCCUCGUGGUUAACUCUCCUGUUAUUGUUUUGUUGACGAGCAGCCGAAGACGCUGCGUUUCCUCCGUCUACUUGUUGUUCUUCCAGGCUGUUUGUUUUUCUUUUCUGUUUGUUUUUGUAAAAGAAUAAAAUCAUAU